AUGGAAGGAAUAAGAAGAAGGUUAUUGUCUCCAAUUAUUGUUCUUCUCUUCUUCUUCUUCCUCAUUGGCUACUCUUCUUCUGUGCUUGGAAUGAAGCUGAAGCAAUACAAGCCUUGCAAGGAAUUGGUGUUAUACUUCCAUGACAUUCUUUACAAUGGCAACAAUGCAGCAAAUGCAACUGCUGCCAUUGUAGCAGCUCCAGAAGGGUCUAACCUUACCAUUUUAGCUCCACAAAACCAUUUCGGCAAUAUCGUCGUGUUCGAUGAUCCAAUCACGGUAGACAACAAUUUACACUCCCCGCCGGUUGGCCGUGCACAAGGUCUCUACAUCUAUGAUAAGAAAGAAACAUUCACCGCUUGGUUAGGGUUCACUUUUGUACUUAACAGUACAGACCAUAAGGGUACCAUUAAUUUCAUGGGAGCAGAUCCAAUACUGGUGAAAGCUAGGGACAUUUCAGUAAUUGGUGGUACUGGGGAUUUCUUCAUGCAUAGGGGAAUCGCGAUGGUGAUGACCGAUUCGUUCGAAGGAGAUGUGUAUUUCCGACUUCGCGUUGAUAUCAAAAUGUAUGAGUGCUGGUAAAGAAUUUUCUAUACGCUUCAUGUACGGUUAGG